CCCGUUUUCCUUUGCCUACAAUUCGACUAUAAAUCAUUCUGCUGUAACAACCAGAAGUUGCACUUACGUAGCACCAAAUAAGUACAAUUUAUAAAAUACAAAGCCAUCGACAACCAUGCCAUCGCCAGGAGGGAACGAGCUGCCGAAGAUGUGCUGUUCUGAGUGCUUGGCGCAGCUAUACGAGGCGUUGCAAAUUCAGCAGGCCCCUGCUGUGUUUGAGGAAGUAUCUCUAACUGAGGCUCUUUUGCCCGAAGACGAUGUCAGCGUGAUCAUGGGCAACAUAUACGAGGUCCAUGAGGUGGCUUCGACUGAGGAUCCUUUGUACGAUGAUAGCAUCAUCAUAAUCAUGGGGCCAGAAGACAAUGAAGACUAUGAGACGCCUUCCCAAGGAGAUGACAACAAUGUUCUACCCGGGGGACAGCCAAGGAAUAUUUAAAACUAUUUUAAACAAGAAAACCCGACAAAAACCACACAAAAAACUAAAGCGUGUCACGUUUACAAAAUAGAACCAUUAAUAACGAAGAUCCCUACCUAUUGUAACCCAUCAACAAGCAAGAUAAUGUAGGAUUGGUUGCCAACGUCGAUUCUUAUCAACACAAUAGCCCUCUGGAGCCGGAGUAUGCUAUCUGGAGGAUCAGAAACUGUCACAAAGUACGAAGGAAAACCAAUUAAAAUAUAUCACUUUAAAUAUAAAAACAUUUAUUACAUUAAAGCUGACACGGUACCGAUUUUACCAUGUG